ACAGCCGACACAUUCAGUUUCACAGAUGACGUCUUGGAACCUACGAAGCCUAGGCUCCCCAACUAUUCCUCUCCCCCGACCUUUUGAUCGCUACGGUAAUCAAAGUCAAUCCGAUUCUUUAUCCCCAAAAAAGUAGCCACAAAAUCCAACAACUUAACCGAAAUAACUAGCGUUUCUCUUUCUCCCACUCAAUUCUUACUCAUUGUUUUGGUUCUCUCCCACAAUUGCGGCCACUGGAUCCAUCAGAUCCCUCAGUCCGCGCCAUGAGUUCCGAUAACUCCACCUCCGGCGCCGAGUCGUCUGGCGGCUGUGCAUCGGGGCUAGACAAGGACAAGCAGAAGGAUAAGGCCAGGGUGAAUCGCACCUCUUUGAUCUUGUGGCAUGCCCAUCAAAACGACGCCGCUUCUGUCCGCAGGCUUCUCGAGGAGGAUCGGUCGCUGGUGAACGCCAGAGAUUAUGACAAUCGCACGCCGCUUCACGUGGUUUCUCUCCAUGGUUGGGUCGAAGUUGCUAAGUGCUUGCUUGAAUAUGGUGCCGAUGUAAACGCGCAGGAUCGCUGGAGAAACACUCCUCUAGCUGAUGCAGAAGGCGCUCAAAAGCUUGACAUGGUGGAGCUUUUAAAAUCUCAUGGAGGCUUGUCUUUUGGUCAAACUGGAAGCCAUUUUGAACCAAAGCCUGUUGCUCCUCCACUGCCUAACAAGUGUGAUUGGGAAAUAGACCCUUCUGAGCUGGACUUCACAAAUUCAGUUCGCAUUGGAAAGGGAUCUUUUGGUGAAAUUUUGAAAGCACAUUGGCGUGGAACGCCUGUUGCUGUCAAACGUAUUCUUCCAUCUCUCUCAGAUGAUAGAUUGGUGAUCCAGGACUUCAGGCAUGAGGUUAAUUUGCUAGUGAAGGUUCGACACCCUAAUAUAGUCCAGUUUCUUGGAGCUGUAACCGAAAAGAAGCCCCUUUUGUUAAUCACUGAGUAUCUAAGAGGGGGUGAUCUUCAUCAAUAUCUCAAGGAAAAAGGCACACUCAGUCCUUCAACAGCUGUCAACUUUGCUUUGGAUAUGGCCAGAGGGAUGGCCUAUCUUCACAAUGAACCAAAUGUUAUAAUUCAUCGAGACCUAAAGCCAAGGAAUGUCCUUUUAGUCAAUUCUAGUGCAGACCAUUUAAAAGUUGGAGAUUUUGGUCUGAGUAAGCUUAUCAAGGUCAAGAAUUCUCAUGAUGUUUAUAAGAUGACCGGUGAAACUGGAAGCUACCGCUAUAUGGCUCCUGAAGUUUUCAGACACCGGAGAUAUGAUAAAAAGGUUGAUGUGUUCUCCUUUGCUAUGAUUCUGUAUGAGAUGCUUGAAGGGGAACCACCUUUUGCAAGUUAUGAACCUUAUGAUGCAGCCAAACAAGUAGCAGAAGGAAACAGACCAACUAUUCGUGCAAAGGGUUUUACCCCUGAAUUGCGACAAUUAACCAUUGAGUGUUGGAGUGCUGAUAUGAAUCAAAGACCUUCCUUCUUGGAGAUCCUCAAACGGCUUGAGAAGAUCAAGGAAAAUUUACCCGCAGAUCAUCACUGGCACUUGUUCUCUUCCUAAUUGUCUAUGACCAUUUACACGUUCAGAAAUGCACGUACAGGUGAUUUAUUACUCAUUAAUCAUUACUCUCUACAGUAAAACCGGGAAAGACACUGCCUAUUUUCAAUUGUUUAAAUUCUGGUGAGCAGAAUAGGUAUUGUUGAUGGCUUUUCUCUGGUUUAUAUUUUGCAAUUUUUUUCUUUUUAUUAUAUAUCAUACCUAGUCCUAAUGAGGAAUUCAAGUUAAGUUAAAGUAUGCAAGUUGUUGCUUGAAUGAAAUAUGAUUAAGUUUAGAAAUAGACUGAGAAAAUUAGAUUAUUAUAUACACCGUGCCAUCCACUCAUUAAUGCAUUGUCUUUCGUUUGAAGGAUAAUAUCCUCUAUUCA